AUGACCUCAAAAAAGUUUUUGCUCUCUUUCCUCAUUGGAUUCAUUUUAUGCCUCGGGAUCCCAGUGAUUCAAGCAUCAAGCUGCAAAGAUUCAUAUGUGGAUCGUGUAUGUGGAGAGGAUCAGACAAAUCUAUGGUUGGAUAUUGUCUGUGUUGUGGAUAAUUCAGUUGGAAUGACCAAUGCCGGUCUUGCAUCUGUGGCCGCCUCGAUUUCAUCACUGUUUGUUGAUGGCCAACAACUGGGAAUUCAACCAAACAAUCCUAGAACCACAAGAAUAGGAAUCGUAACUUAUAACCAAGAAGCACAGGUCGUUGCCGAUUUAAACAACUUCACUUCGGUUGACGAACUCACGAACAAAGUAUACAGUAUCCUGAAUAAAGUAUCGACUUCACAAGAUUCCUACUUGCAUUCUGGAUUAGAAGCAGCGAAUGACCUUCUGGAACAACAAAGUUUCAAUACUGCAAGAGGACAUUAUCAAAAAUUGGUUAUUGUAUACACAUCUGAAUACAAAGGGACCGGACCACAGGAUCCACUUCCAUUGGCUAUGCGUAUGAAGCAAACCGUUUCAAUUGCUACAGUCGCUUACGGUCAAGAUGAUAUUCUUGGAUUUCUUGCUGAACUUACGAAAAUAGCCACACCCGGAUACAACUUCACCAAUGAAAACGGAGAGAACACUAUUUCCGAAUUGAGAUCAACCAUGCUCCAAGUCAAUUGUUACUGUCCAAAUGGGUGGUUUCAAAUGCGGCAGAGCUAUGCAAAUGAGAAUUCCUUCGAGUACGGUGUCUGCCUGCUUCCAGUCACAAUUCAAGCCACGUGGCUUGCAUCGAAAUUCUCAUGCAGAAACCACUGGAACAAAGCAUAUCUGGUAAACGAAUAUACUCAGACGAAACAUGAUUAUGUUCUCCAAGUAGUUAGGAAUAACACUGCAUUCAAACAGCCAUACACAUACUUCAUCGGACUAUCGUAUGUGAAUGGAAACUGGCAAUGGGAACAGCCGGAUGGAAUGGAUCCAAUUGUGGUUCAAAACUGGAAUGACUGGAAUCCCGGAUUCCCUACUGCUUCAUCCACAGCGACGGUUGGAGUGAAUGUCCAAACAUCACCAUCGUCAAUGUCGACAGGAUGGCAAAAUACGAGAAAAGAUUUGGCGAGUAUGUAUGUCUGUGAAGUUGCUUCGUGUGAUUCCACGAAUUAUUGUACUGCUGAAGACAUUUAG